GCGAGAGCUGUCCCCGCGCUUGGCGCUGAAUGAUUCCGAACGGUGCAUUCCAACUUCAAACCUACGUGACCCAUUGAGCCUUCGUCUGCUGCCGCAUGGUGUGUCGCUGCCACCAUCGUCGGCCCAGUGAAUCUGUGCCCUCACAUCUCCUUCACCCUCACGCCUACUCGUCAUGGCUCCCACCAGGGCAGCGUUCGUGACCCAUGCCACCAAAGCCUGCAUCAAUGGAGUGCUGUCUCCUGAGCUGCUUGGAAGUGUCGUUGCCCUUCAGCCCUUAUGGCAUGAUGUGAUCUUCAACGCCAUCACAGCUCUCACUGAGCAAGACAAGCUGAGCUCUGCUUUGUUUCGUGAUCUCUUGACGAUUGCCCAGACGGAAAGCUAUGCUCCCUGGCACAACGUUCUCCAUGCUGCCAUGACAACCCAGCAUCGCCUUGAUCCAGUCCAACUCCAAGUCAUUCUCCGCAUAGUCUCCACCACUACUGCAGAUGCAGGAGAGACGCGUGAGGCGAUUGAAACUUUCCUCGAGCUCCUCAACAGCGGACAGAUCUUCAAUGCCGAGAUUGCUCUUACAGUCCUGCGUGCCAUCGAUCCAGAAGCCGCGGAAUCAACUUCGGAGGAUCAGAGCACUCCUCGCGAGCAUUUGGAAGUGCAUGAAGAGCAAAGUGAGACUGCGCCGCCUCCCGUCGAAACUGAAGUGAAGGAGCAAUCCACACCCGACAAGGUCGAGCAUGUAGCGCCGCCCUCCGCUCUGGAGGAGCCAGGUAAGCCUGCAAGUCCAGCUUCUCCUGCACUCUCAACCACCACCCCCGCUCCCGCAGCUCAACCUCAUUCCGCGCUUGCAACCGCCGCUGCGGAGAGUACGCCCUCGCUGUUUGGCCCCGCGCCAGUCCUUGCCAAUCAUGACGAUCCUGGCACAGACCUUCCAAAUAUCUCAUACGAUCACAUCCCAGCUUUCGAUGUCGUUGAUGUGCCGGCAGGAGACUUGUCUGUUGCCGACGGGACUGGCAUGGCCGGAUUCUGCGGCAUGAAUGCCGUCUUCUUCUCCGCUGGAUCAAUGGAUGUGUUCUCUCAAGAUGAUGCUGGGGAAUAUACUGCUCUCGUGGAAGGCCUUUGCUCCUUCAAGCAUCCAGAUCUCGACCCCAAGGAAGACAGGCUUCUCCACGAGCAGAUGCCUUACGUGAGUAUUGGACGUCUCUCGUUGUAUUUCCAAGCUCGCAAUGUUGGUGUUGCCGUCAUUUCGCCUGGUUCCUCUCCUCAACGCCCUCGCUGCUCUUUCACCGAUCCAUCCGCAAGUGGAUGCACGAACAAGAUCUACAUCUGGCACAACGGGAGGAAGGGCCUUGCGGCACAUUAUUGCGCCAUCCGCUUCAAAGAGACUGAAUCAGCCGGACAGCUGCGACUGCCGAACCGUCUCAUCCACAGCAAGCAAGACGGACUCAGCUACUGUUGGGGUCCAGUUAAGGAGAAGUACUCCCGCAAGAUCAUGAAGCUAAGCAACAAUCCAAGCAAGCCAUCAUCGAGCAAUCCGUCAGAGACUGUCCAACAGGUUCAGAAAGGCAAGCCGCAGUCUGAUCCUGCUCCUCCGACUCCUGCGCUCCCUCCUCAUCUCAGAAAACGUGCAGCUCAGCCGAGUUCUAACAGCGCCGCCUCUCCCAAAGUAAAUGGUGAUGUGUCGAAUGACAGUGCAUCAGACACAAAGGUCGAUGGCACAGCACCGUCGAAUGGCCUCACUCGUACCCCUGCUCCAUCUUUCCGGUUCCCGGUAACUCAGCAGCGUGCCGAUGCGCGCGACAUCACAGACGCCGCCACUCUGCAGAAUCUCAACAGCGGCCUGGCCAGAUCCUUGGGCAUAUCAGAGUUGCUCUUCAUCCUACUAGAACGCGUCGUGAGCAGGAACGAGCGUCUCAAGCUGAUGCGCACGUGCAAGGUGCUUUUCAACCUCAUCGGCUCGGCUGUGGGGAUGUACUACUUCUCUGGGGUUGAGUUUUGCGGCUUCGCCGAGUUGCAGUACUCAUACACGAACCAGAGAUUUGAGCUGCUUCGUCGAGCAAAGAACGACUACACGGUCGUCAUGAUCGAAGGCUUCAGCAGGGCGUCCACAGCAGCCGACAGUCCGUACGUCGAGCUUACGCCGGACCAGCUUGUCGAUGCGGUCGUCAAGACUGCAGACUCCAAGGCGAGGGUGCUUGAGUUGUCUCGCGUCAAUCACUUGCGUCCGGACCGACUGGUAUCCUUGAUUCAGCACAUGCUACCACUCCGCAAGCUUUACAUCUGUGACUGUGCCAGUAUCGAGAUGAGCGACGUUUUCGCCAUAUCCGAAACAGAAGAGUUCACUCAUUUCCUUGACUUUGCAGCUGAAGGCCGUGCUCUGUCGGAGUCGGAGCCUCAGAAGAAGCUCGAAUCGCUCCUCAAACCCCGAAAAGAACCCCUUCGAAUUGAAUGGAAUCCCGCAGGACGUCUCUGGAAAACAUGGGCAGGCGACAUGAAGUCAGGCAGUCAGUAUGUCGACACCGCUGCCUUUGCGGUAGAAGCACUAGUGUCCUUGCAGCGUCUUCCCAACCCCGAAGAGCAGACACUGUUGCUGCAGGAGUACGAUCGCUGGUUUGCAGUGAAGACAUUAGAAAGGAGCGGACGUACAGAAACUCGCUUCUCAACUGCUGCCCUGCAGUUCGUGUAUGCGAUGCAAAGAGCCUCGAAGAUGGAAAGAAUCAAACCCACCUACGAAAUGCAAGAGGCGCUGGAUCGUCAAAACCACACUCCGGAGGAAUGGGGCAGCAUGUGGCACAUGGAUGACCAGAAAGCCGCCGAGACACAGGCAUGCAUGAAUUUCAGCGAUUGGUUCACCAAGGUCUCGAAUGAUGAUCGCAGGGUCAAGAAUGGAGGUCUCAUUGCGAAGGCGACCUACUGUGACCAGCACGAAUUUCUACCUGCUGCUCUGUUCCAGAAAACCCAACUAGGCGGCGACGUUGAUGUACGAGAGUGCAACCUGUGCAAAUUCAACACUGCGCUGAGUGCGUCCCGGAAGAACUUCAGCAAGUCGAGCGGCCAGGUGGAGGAAGAGUUCUUUCAAGCUCUUUGCCCAGAUAUGUACGACAACGGUCUCGACUUGCGCGACAAGCAAGGCCUCUUCGACAACCUCGCCGAGCCUUGCACACUCGACAUCAGCACCCGCCAACCUUCCGUCAUCUUCAAGCGUAGUGCCUUUGCUGGAACGUCCGAACUGCAUGUCCAUCACACAUCAUCGGCUGAUGGUGAGGAUGACCUGCAUUGUGAUGAGCGCGCACUGCGCCUUUUCGCCAAGUUGAAAUGCACAGCUGCCGGGAAGCCCUUCGUCGAUCUGCCAGAACCAUCCAGAUUGAAAUCCACUGAGCCGAAGAAGGGAGACAAGCACAGCAGCCGGGCUGUGGGAGCACCGCAGUCCAAAGCUGUGGCAGAUCUGGCUGAAUUUCUGAGGCUAGAGAAGGAGGAAGAGGCCAAAGCUGCCAAAGCUGCCAAAGCUGCCAAAGCUGCCAAAGCUGCCAAAGCUGCCAAAGCUGGAAAUGAUAUGACUGGACCUGCAACAACGUCGAAUGAUGUCCUGCCUCAAAAGGGUACCCAAUCGUCUAAGCACAGCGCCCCGGCCGUGAUAGCACAGCAGUCCGAAGCUGUGGCACAGCUGGCUGAAUUUCUAAGGCUAGAGAAGGAGGAAGAGGCCAAAGCUGCCAAAGCUCAGAGCGAUAUGACUAAAGUUGCACCCAAGUCAGACACAUCUAGCACCACGAAGCUCGGCCAAGAAAAGUCUCCCAUUGAUCCAAUGAUGGCAAAGCUUAAUGAGUUUUACAAGAGCGGUGAAGCCGACGCGUACGUUGCCGCCACAAUCAAGGCCGAAACGCUCGCACGGAAGAACGCACAACCAGCAACUGUUGCGUACAAUUUUGUCGAAACCGGUCACGCAGCCCCAUCGGCCAGCAAUGGCACCAUCCUGGCUCCUAAGACUCCGACUGAUCCCAACCACGCCAAGAGCAAACUGAGGCACGUCACAAUUCAGCAAAUCACACCCGACGACGUGUGCCCAUACGCUGCUCUAACAGACCUCAAAUCGUGCCCCUGCGACAAAUUCAAAGUGUGCCGAGUUGUGAAAUGUGAUGGAUGUGGGGAUGUCAAACCCGCGCCUUGCGAAGAAUACGCCAAGGGCAAAUGUCCAAAUGGUGACAACUGCCGCCAAGGAUCACACAAUGCCUUUUGGCUUGUAGCUGCUGACCAUGAUCGAUGCGUUUCCCAUGGCCUCGAGCUUGUGAAGGCCGCAACGGGAUUUCGAGUUGGGUAGGACGGGAACAUCAGCAAGUGCGGAGGGCGCGUUGCUUCUUUGUACUGAGAGAUACCCCAGAUAGUUCUGAAACGGAUUGACUCAAAAUUCAUAUUCCAGUGCUCGUAGAUGUA